AAAACCAAACUCCUUGUCUUUCUUUUUUCUCUUCAUAUUCUGCCUUUCUUUAAUUCGUCUGAUCUGUUCUCUUCAUCUUCGUGUUUGCAUCUUUAGAUUUGUUUCCUGCACCGUUGCUUUUUUUUUUUUUUUGCACGUCGUGGUAGAUGUCACCGAACGAAGGCCAUCACGAAAACCACCUCUCCAUGGUCGACGGCAGCUAGCUCGACAGAAGCGCAGAGAGCGUAGUCCAAGGCCUUGACGGGACCCUCGCCGAACGCGAUGGCAUCUCGAGCGAGCUUGAGGAGGAAAGGGCCGAGAUCUGGGUUCUCGAUGGCAGACUGGGAGUUGGGAUUGAGAUGAGGGUUAGGGUUAGAUUAACUCCAAGCCUCCUUCCCCGUGAGAGAUCGAUUGGUGAAAAUCACAUAAGGAAUGGAGAAGGGUAAGGGUGUGAUGGUUGGGGGUCGAAGAUGGGCCGUUGACUUCACUGACAAUUCCACCUCUCCUUCUUCCCGCGACAUUCCCGACCCCCCUGGUUUCUCUCGCUCCUCUCAAGAUCAGGGAAUUUAUAUUUUUUGAUUUGCAGUUGAUGAUGUUGUAUUGCUGUGAGGAGCACAACCGGGAAAAGAAACCGUCAUUUGGCCAUUUGGAUUAGUGGGCCGCAGUUUUCUCUCAUUCAUUCCAUCUGGACAUUUGCUUAUUUUGUUCUGGAGUGUAAUGAGAUGGGGUUUGAGGAGAGUAGAGAUAUUAAACUGCUUGGACUGAGAGUGAGCCCAAAGCACAGGCGUUCAAAGAGCUUUCCUGAUAAGAGAAGGGUGGAGGAAGAUGGCAUCGAUAGUUCCCUUAAGGCCUCUGAACGUAUAAAGCUGGAUUUGGGGCACUUAAAAAAUAUUAAAACCAAGAAGAAACAAUCUGGCAAGGCUGAAGUUAAUAAUUCUUUGAGGCAAGAGAUUCUGCAACUUGAGAAGGGAUUAAAAUACCAAUUUGAGGUUCGCCAUGCUUUGGAAAAGGCGUUGGGUUAUAGUUCUUCCUCUCAUGAGAAGAUAACUGAAAUCUUAAUGCCCAAGGUAAUCUACAUCUUACAAACAAGAAAAGCAUUGUGUGUGUGUCUGUGAGAGAGAGAGACAGAGAGAGAGAGUAUGCAAAUUAUUUACAUCAGUUAAUUGCAAUGCCACCAUUUUAGAUGUAGUUUUCCCAUAUCUUGAGAUUUUGGAUUCUAUUUGUAAUGCUACUUUGUUUUAACCAGAAUUUCAUUUACCUGAGAAAAACAAAACAAAAAUUUUGAACUGUCAAUAUCGACUGAUUAUUCUCAAUGAAUUCUUUUCUUUCGGGUAACAUGCCAUCUAAAUUGACACCAUGUGUUGUCUGACUUCUUAAAGGUUCUUGGGAUUUUUGAAUGAAAUGUUUAAUGAUAUUUUGGUCGA